CUGACGGAGACGUCAUCCCGCUACGCCCGUAAGAUCUCGGGCACCACCGCGCUCCAGGAGGCGCUGAAGGAGAAGCAGCAGCACAUCGAGCAGCUUCUGGCCGAGAGGGACCUGGAGCGCGCCGAAGUCGCCAAGGCAACCAGCCACAUCUGCGAGGUGGAGAAGGAGCUGAGCGCGCUCAAGGCGCAGCACGUGCAGUACGUCGCUGAGAGCGAGAGCUCGCUGCAGCAGGUCAAAGCCUUGCUGGCCAGCACGCAGAAAGAUAAACUGGAACUGGCCAAUCAGCUCGAAGAGGAGAAGAGGAAAGUGGAGGACCUCCAGUUCAGAGUGGAGGAGGAGUCCAUCACCAAAGGAGACCUGGAGACUCGAAGCAAACUGGAACAUGGCCACGUUCAUCAGCUCCAGCAGAGUCUGCCCCUCAACGAGUCCAGAGAAAGAGGCGUCGAGUAG